UCCCGACCAAAAUGUUGACCUUCUUCAGUGAGCACAGGAAAAAUUUUCGAACAUGUUGUCCGCUCGCGGCUGGCUAUUGUGGCAAAUGUGAUCGGCCAUUUUCUCGCUAAAUAUUCUUGUGUUUCGUGUCACGUAAAACGCUCCUUUCUGACCAUGAGUUCCGCCUGCUGCUUUAGGUGCCCGCGGUGCCCGUUCUUCGCACCGAAAUUCACACGUGUGAUUUGGCAUCUGGAAGAAAUACACUCCUCAGACCCGGACUUCACUGUAACCUGCGGCAUUGAUGGCUGCCGAAACACUUACAAACUCGUUGGAAGCUUUCGGAACCAUGUCUACCGUAAACACCAGCGGUGGAUCUCAGCAGUUGACAAUGAUCCAGCACCUGAAGCUUCAGAAGAAUUAUGUGAUUCCAAUGAAGCUUCCAGCUUAGUUGACACAGUGUGUGCAGACGAUGAAGGUGCUACUGGUCCCUCCCAUUCCCCCGGUCUGCAAUGUGAGCCACGUUCGCGAUAUGGGGCGUCGGACGAAGAGCCCUCGGACCCUCUAACUUUGCAGUGCUUCACCAGAGAUUUACUCCAGAGCCUUGCCAAGAUGUUCUUUAACAUUUCUGAGUGUCGAAAACUGCCGUACUCAGUCUGUGACAGCUUAUUUCAACAAGUUGAAUUUCUGGUGCAGUCGCUCUUGAAGCGUUUUGGCAAGUGUGUUAAACAGGCACUCAUAGGAUGCGGUUAUGCUCUUCCUGAGAAUUUGACACAUGUCCUCGACUGCAACUUUCUUGUAGGCCUGUUUGAUGAUAUUCGGUCUCGGUACCAACGAUCCCGCUAUAUCAAAGCGAACUUCCCAUUCACGGAGGCACAACAGCGUGCCUAUGCUGGCGACGACCAAGCUUCGUAUCAGUACGUUUCUGUUGGCAGUGUCAUACGUCAGUUUGUACAGUGUAGAAAUGUAUUUGAGCACCUUAUUAGCACUGAAGUUGUCGAGAGUGGCACAUUAUACACUUUUCAGGACGGCUCUGUUUACAAGCGUCAGAUGAGCACUGUACUGCACAGCAAAAAUGUUAAAGUACUUCACAUUCUGCUGUACAUGGAUGAAGUGGAAAUAGCCAAUCCUAUCGGCCCUGCCAGAGGUGUGCACAAGCUUCUGGCUGUGUACUACACAGUUUUGAAUGUGCACCCAAAAUACCGCUCUCAGCUGAAAUUUUUGCAUCUUGCUAUUCUUGCAAAGUACGCUGAUGUACAGAGGUAUGGCUUGGAGACUGUUUUGGGUCCAUUGCUUGAUGAACUAAAGGAGCUGCAAGAGAUAGGGAUAAAUGUACAUAUUGGACAAAAUGAGGUUUGCUUCAAGGUAUUUGUUCUUGCGUGCUGUGGAGACAACCUUUCCAUGAACCGGCUUGGGGGCUUUACGUGCUCUUUUUCACGGGGCUCAGUUUGUCGAUUCUGCAUGGCACAACAUGCAAAUCUUGCAUCUCUUACAAGGGAAGAACUAUGCCACAUCAGAACGCAGCAACUUCAUGACAGCCACCUCACAGCCAUUCAUCUCAAUCCAGUUUUGUACAAAAGACUUUAUGGUGUGAAUGAGCCAUCACCAAUGAGCUGCCUGCCUAACUUCGAUGUCACAACGCAGCUCCCACCGGAUAUUAUGCACGAUAUAUUUGAAGGAGCCUGCUCAGUUGUGAUCAAGCAUGUGCUCAAAGGAUUAUUUCAAGAAAAUGUUCUUGUGCCCUCAGACUUGAGCAAAGUUGGCACAUUUUGUUAUGGUCGUAAUGACAGACCUAACAAACCACCUCAACUUACAGAAGCCUUCCUGCAAAGCAAUGCCCCUUUGAAAGGUACUGCUUCACAGAAGUGGUGCCUUUUCAGACUUUUGCCUCAAAUUUUCGCUUCGAAAGUUCCAGAAGGUAACAAAGACUGGGAGGUCUACCUCCUGUUUAGAGAAGUUACAGACUUGCUCUUAUCUGAUCAGCUUCCGUCAGACUCUCUUGUUUAUAUUGAGAUGAAAAUUCAGGAAUUCCUCCGUUCUUUCAUUGAUCGUUAUCCAACCGUCCGCAUAAUCCCAAAGCUGCAUUACUUGGUGCAUUACCCUCGUAUGAUUUCCUUUUUUGGUCCACUUAAACAAAUGUGGUGUAUGAGGUUUGAGGCUAAACACCAAUACUUUAAGAAUGUGGCGUCAAAAACUAAGAACUACCGAAACAUCUGCAAAACACUUGCAGAGCGUCACCAAGUCUUGCAAGGCUAUGAAUUUGCUGAGGUUGUCCUUGACCAGGGCCACACCAUGACAGGCCUGAAACCUGUGCAAAGAUCUGACUUGCCUCCAUGCAUUGAAGAGCGUCUACCUCCAGGUAGUACAUGGCAAGCCAAGUCAGUCACUAUGCAGCAUAUUACGUACCAUGUUGGAGAUGUACUAGUAAUGGCCAAGGGAGAUGACCCACAGUUUGCUCAAAUCGCUGCCAUUUUUAGUGGUCAGAGCGAGGUUCUGUUCUUGUUGAACCCGAUGGAACUUGUUGAGUUCAGGAGACAUCGAUACACAUUCAGAGUGUCUAAAGGCAGUGCUGUUUGCGCAGCAAUGCCAGGGGCUGAGGUAUUACCCGAGUGUCUAGAUCUGUACUUCGGAGGGGAAGUGGUACCGAGGUGUGAAUUGGUGUUAUUUAACUAAAAAUGUUUCCUUGGCCUUAUGUCGUAAAGGCUUUGUAAGUGUAUGCCUCACAAUUUCACAUCUGCAUAUUCAUUUUUGUACAUUCCUGCAUUGUUUCUAUGUAUGCAAAACCAAUACGAUUGUGUUACACGCUUCCCUUGCAUUCUAGUCCUGUGAGGUGUUUCUAAAUAAAUAUUUAUGUGUACAGUGUUUUGUUUGUGCCGCUUGCGUCCCGCAUAAAUAAACAAUUUAAGAUCAGUUUGUUUUCUUAUAUGUAAGUGAUUCUUUAAUAAAGCAUUGGAUAACUUUUGCUUUAGUUGCAGCUAUAGCUCGAACUUUGGCAGAUUCAUAGUGUUUUCUUUGGUUUCAUAUCCCAGUUAUAUGAAGGCGGAAUAAAAAAGAACUCUC